AUGUACCUCAAGGAGGAGGAGGGUGCCGGUCCGGCGGCGGCCACAGGCUUCCCGAUGAGCGGCGGCGCGACCUCGGGCGCCCUCGCGGCGGUGCAGGCGCCGGCGCCGUGGUCCACCGGGCUCUUCGACUGCUUCGACGACCCGGGCAACUGCUGCGUGACGUUGCUGUUCCCGUGCAUCACGUUCGGGCAGGUGGCGGAGAUCGUGGACCGGGGGUCGACGUCCUGCGGCGCGAGCGCGGCGCUGUACACGCUACUCACGUGGACCGGCUUCCACUGCAUCUACUCCUGCUUCUACCGCUCCAAGCUGCGCGCGCAGUACGGCCUCGAGGAGAGCCCCUGCGCCGACUGCUGCGUCCACUACUGCUGCGAGCUCUGCGCGCUCUGCCAGGAGUACCGCGAGCUCGGCAACCGAGGCUUCGACAUGACCAUAGGGUGGCACGCCAACACGGAGAGGCAGCAGGGGCGCGCCGCCGCCACCAUGCCGCCGCAGAUGCACGCCGGGAUGGCCCGUUGA